AUGGAGUUCAACAGACCCAAAGCUCCAGGGGGAGGGCCUGGAGAUGGAGAGGGAGGACAAGUUGUCCUGAGCACACUGGAUGAACUCCAGCCUGGGAGGAGUGAACGGAAGCUUGAAGAGCAUUGUGGGCUAGCAGGGCUGUCUUCAACCGACACCACUAACGCAGCCAAGACAGACCCCAAAGCUCCUGCAGGAGGAUCUGGAAAGGUCGACUUGUACUUAAUCCACAGCUCCACAUCUUCAGACAGCGAGGAGGAGGACAAAGGCAAGAAGGAAAAGAAAAAGAAGAAGCUGAAGAAGAGGAAGAAGAAGGAUUCCAGUUCAUCCUCUUCCUCCUCCUCCUCUGACAGCAGCUCUUCAGACAGUGAAGAUGAGAAGAAGAAGAAGAGGAAGAAGAAGGCAAAGAAAGAAGGUGCUGGGGAUAUCAUAGUACAUGAUGCAGCCUUCAUAUCUGAGCCUGGGCUCGAAGGCUUCACUGAUCUAAACAACGAGGAAACAAAGAAGAAAGAGGAUGGAGAAGAGGCAGACGGACAGGGCAAGGAUGAGUACAGCUGUGCUGCUGGCGUUUCAGCAGCUGGUGACGAGGGUGCUGGACUGGAGGGUACCCUGGGACAGAAAUCGGGCAAAGAAAAAAAAAAGAAAGAUGAGAAGAAGAAGAAAGACAAGAAAGACAAGAUGAAGAAAGACAAGAGAACGGACAAGGGCUCUGCGUCUGAGAGCGAUGACGAUGACAAGUGCAAGAAAGACAAAGCAAAGGAGGGUGGUGCAUCAGCUGAAUGGAUUUGUGGCAGAGAUUUUCCUGAAGGAAUGGAAGCUGGAAAUCUGAGUGAUGACGAGAGAGAAGGAGGCAAGGAGAAAGAGAAGAAGAAGAAGUUGAAGAAAAAGAAGAAGGAUUCUAGUUCUUCAUCCUCUGACGGCUCCUCCUCCUCUGACAGCGAUGAUGACAAAAAGAAAAAGAAGAAGAAGAAGAUGAAGAAGAAGAAAAAGGGUUCCUGCUCAUCAGACAGCGAAGACGAUAAUAAGAAAAAGAAGAAGACGAAGGAUAAGAAGGACUCUGACAGCGAGGAAGACAAGAAGAAGAAGAAGGACAAGAAGAAAAAGAAGAAGAAGGAUAAGGACUCUGACAGCGAGGAAGACAAGAAAAAGAAGAAGAAGAAGGACAAGAAGAAAAAGAAGGAUACGGAGGACUCAUCUGACAGCGAGGAUGAUAAGAAGAAGAAGAAGAAGAAGAAAAAGAAGAAGGAUUCUGGUUCUGACAGCGAGGAAGAUGAAAAGAAGAAGAAGAAGAAGAAAGACAAGAAGAAGGAUAAGAAGAAGAAAGACAAGAAAAGGGAUAAGAAGAAGAAAGACAAGAAGAAGCAAAAGGAUGACUCCUCAUCUGGAAGUGAUGAUGAUAAGAAAAAGAAGAAGAAAAAGAAGAAGAAGGAGAAGAAGAAAGAAAAGGGUUCCUCUUCUGGAAGUGAUGAUGAUGAGAAGAAAAAGAAGAAAGACAAGAAGGACUCCUGUUCCGAUGUUGAGGGAGAAUCUAAGAAAAAAACAAAGGAAGAUGACAACAAGAAAGAGGAUGGACCUGAGAAUGAAAAGUGUGGAGAGAUGAAAAAGGAGGGGAAAUAUGUAGGUGGCUUGGUGAUGGGAGGAGGGUGCAUGGAUAGCACACCAUCUGACGAGGGAUCAGCUAUUCGCCCGAAACCCACCCUGAAGUUGGAGUCUUGGGGGCCGUCGGCAGACCCCAGACCCAACACUCGCUAUGAGUCCAUUUAUAGCCCCUCGCACUCUCUCAGUCCCAGGGAGAGCAGCCCCUCCCGCCCGCCACGCAGUCCCUUGGAGGCCCUGAUGCGGAACCCAACCUGGACCAGCGACCGUGACCCACUGACCAGGAGAGGACCAGCCAGCAGCAGAACCACACUGCUCAAAUCCAGUGAUCUGCUCAGGGGUCCUAAGCCUUAUCAGCCGUAAUUAACAUGGAGAUUGGAAAAGAUAGGCCAAGAUGAUUCAUGCUCAUUACAAUCAGGCUGAAACAUGAUCAAAAGGAAUUGUCAGAAAUAAAAAAAAUCAUUUCAAUAGGUACAUUUUUGUGAAUCUCUUUUCCAACUGAAGCUGGUCAACUUUUGCAAUUAAUACACUUUUGUCUCUCUGGAAACCUCACACGUG